UCUUAACCAGCUUUUCUCCGCCACACUCUGCUAUUGCACUUCCUCUAUCUUUCAUUUUUCUCCAUAACCCAGAAGAAGAAGAACAGAAACGACACAAAAAAGCAUCCCUUUCUUCUCUUUUCAUCUCUCUGAUUCUUGAAAUAUAUUGGGCAGCAAUGAUUAGAUCAGUUCUCGCUGUUUGUCUUCUCCGGUGUAGUUUCUCUGUUCUUGCGAUUCUUGACCCUGUUGAUUUCUUGGCUCUUCAAGCCAUUCGUAAGAGCUUGAAUGAUUUGCCCGGUUCCAACUACUUCGAUUCCUGGGAUUUCACUUCCGAUCCAUGUAACUUUGCCGGCGUUUUCUGCGACGGGGAUAAGGUGGUCGCGUUGAAUCUUGGUGACCCGAGAGCCGGGUCUCCGGGAUUGACCGGGCGGAUUGAUCCGGCUAUUGGGAAGCUUUCUGGUCUUACUGAUUUCAGUGUUACUCCGGGGAGGGUAAAUGGGAGCUUGCCGGAAACUCUCUCGCAGUUGAAGAACCUCAGGUUUCUUGGAAUCAGCCGGAACUCUCUCUCCGACGAGAUUCCGCCGGCGCUUGGCCAGCUUCGGAGCCUGCAAACGCUAGACCUCAGCUACAAUCAGUUCACCGGGAAUAUCUCUCCGGUCAUCGGGUCGUUGCCAGCUCUGUCCAAUGUCAUUCUUAGUCACAACCAUCUCUCCGGCGGCGUCCCGCCGUUCGCCUCUCAGAGUUUGACCAGAGUUGACUUCAAGCACAACAACCUUUCCGGUCAGCUACCGGCAAAUGCCUUCCCCCCGUCCCUUCAGUACCUCUCUCUGUCAUGGAAUCAGCUGACCGGACCUGUCGAUCAGGCCCUGAACCAAUUAAACAGGCUGAAUUAUCUCGACCUGAGCUCGAACCGGUUCACCGGCACCAUCCCGGGAAACAUAUUCAGUUUACCCAUUACCAAUCUCCAGCUCCAAAGAAACAAGCUUUUUGGCCCGGUGAGCCCAACCAGCCAGGUAGUCAUACCCACCGUCGAUCUCAGCUUCAACCGGUUUUCCGGCGAGAUAUCCCCAUUGUUCUCGACGGUCCAGAAUCUAUACCUCAACAAUAACCGGUUCACCGGCGAGGUACCGACAAGCAUCGUUGACCGGUUACUCUCCUCAGAUAUUCAGGUUCUUUACUUACAGCAUAACUAUCUGACCGGGAUCUCGAUAAAACCGGCGGCAGAGAUUCCGGUGAGCAGCUCACUCUGUUUGCAGUACAAUUGUAUGGUGCUGCCCGUACAGAGCCCCUGCCCGUUGAGAGCAGGGAGGCAGAAGACGAGGCCCACAGAACAGUGCAUAGGAUGGAAGGGUAAAACAGGGACUUGACAGGGCAGGAGCAAGGGUAUGAUUGGAAUAUUGCUAUUUUUCCGUUGAGGAUUAAUUAUUUAUUGAAUUUGGUUAAAAUUGUUAAUUAAUGUUAUAACAGUAACAAAAUAAAGGAUUAAAAAACGUGCACAUAAUAAAUGACACCUCAAAGUAAUGAGUUUUUCUAUAAGUGUCAGUUCGCUAUAAAUGUUAACUUUUCCAAAAUAAAUUUAAUUUAUUUGGUUGUUUGUUAGAAAAGGCUAAAUCUUUUCUAGCAAUACAUUUUUGUUUUUAUUUGUUCAAAUAUUAUUGUCUAAUUAUUUUUGGUUGUGAUCGAUUUUUUUUUGCCUGAUCUUGCAAUUUAGGAUACAAGUCAAUUAAAAAAGUAAAACACAAUAUAUAUUUGUAUGUUUCUUAUUCCAAAAUCCGUCUGUUUAAUUUAUAUUAUUACGGAGUAUUAUUAUUGUCCUGUUACAGAUUUUUGCUACAAUAUUCAUAUUUUUUAACUACAUUUCAUAUAUUUUGUUUUGUGUUGUGAUUGUGAAGAAGUUAGAAAAAGAUUAUUAAUACUGAAGAAGUGUUCAAGGCAAGAAGUAAAAGUACAGACUUGUUCAUUGCAAGGGAAAUUUUGUAAGGGAAUACUUAUAUUUGUAUGGGAAAAUUUGUAAGGGAAUACUUAUCAUUUGUAAAGGAAAAUUUGUAAUUGAUGAUGCUUUAUAUAAAGUGAAAUUCUUAUAUUUUGUAUUUUCAUAACUUGUAAGGAGAAUUAUAUUUGGGAGAAUUUAUAUCAGAUGAUGUUUUAUGUAAACUGUAAUAUAUUUUUGCUCAAAAAUAAUUAUAUAUCUGCAUAUUCUAGUUUUGAUAGUAUGUUAUGAGGUGAUAUUCUUACAUAUCCUGAACUUGUAGAUAUUCACAUGUGUUCAUGUGGAUGUAGUUUUGCAAUAGAUGAUGGACGGAUCAUGAGAGAUGCAGGGUUGGUUUGGUACUUUGGUGUGCAUAAACAUUGUCCGUGUGCAUAAACAAUAACGAACAAAUAAAUAUCAAAUGUCUACAAAUUCAGAAAAUUCCCGAAAUAUGAGUAAAAAAGUUUGAAAAUUCCAGAACAGAACUGAUAUGUUUUUAUUACCAAAAAAAGGAAUUACAGUCAAGCUUGGAAAAUACUACCAAUUUAUAUUUUGGUACUGCCAAAACAUGACUAUAAUUA